GUCCCGUGUACGUGCGUGAUUUGCGUGCGCUGCGUCAGAGUCUUGAAGAGAAGUUGUUGGCUUCAACGUCGUUCUCGUGCGCGGAUAAUGAAAGCGGUUUAAUCGUAGUUGUGUUAAAGGAGAGCAACAUGGAUGCGGUGAAAGCGUUCAACACUGAGAUGGCGUCCAUGCUGGACAUGAAGCCGCCAAUCUCCCGAGCCAAAAUGAUGUCCGUCACCAAAGCUGGCAUGAAAGCUAUUAAGCUGUAUAAACAUGUCGUCCAAAUCACUGAGAAGUUCAUCAAGAAGUGCAAUCCCGAGCUCAAGGUUCCCGGGCUGUACGUGGUGGACUCGAUCAUCCGUCAGUCCCGCCAUCAGUUCGGGGAAGAUAAAGACGUGUUCGGGCCGCGUUUCUUGAAAAACAUCAGCGCCACCUUCCAGAGCCUGUACGAGUGUCCUCCUGACGACAAGGACAAGAUCCUGCGUGUGUUGAGUCUGUGGCAGAAGAACUCUGUAUUCGGUAUGGACGUCAUUCAGUCGCUGGUAAACAUGGCGUCUGCGCCGGCGGUACCUGUUAUGGAGAAUGGCGUUACACUGGGAGGUUCUCCAGCUGAAGCAGCGCUCAGUGCUCGGCCGACACCAGAACCUGCGUCAUCAUCACUUCCUGUAUCUCAGAACCCGGCUGAUCUGCAGAACAACGUGACGCUCGCCACCGUGACCCAGUUCCUGCAGUCCACUCCGGGCCUCGAUCUUCAGAAGAUUCUGCAGACUCUCCAGCAGGGCGGCGCCACACAGGCUAACAUGGCUAACACCGCCUCAGUUCAAAAGAAUAACGCAAUCUCCAAGGUGCUGCAGGACCGAUUCGACUAUGAUGAGGAACCGCAUGUCGAGGCACCGCAGCCGGUGCAAACGUCCCCCGCUUUCUCCAUUAGACUUCCAGAUCUGCAGCAGGCUCUUCACGGUCUCGGCCAACUUUCUAAUCAGCCGCUUCCUAACACUCAGACUGAACAAACCGUGCCCAAACCUGACACCGAUGACGCCCGGACCCGCACAGAACCCCACACGGUUGAAUCGGGUCACUUCCGGAGAGACGACAGAGACACAAGGUACAGCAGGAGGUCCCGGUCCAGGUCACCCAGGAGGCGUUCGUCGUCUCGUUCCCGCUCUCACUCACGGCAUUCGCGGUUUCGGCGUUCACGUUCCCGUGAGCGCAGGAGGAGUCCACCGAGAUCACGCGCAGAGGACCGGAGAGACGUGGAGAGGAGACAUAAGGGACUCCCACCCAUAAAGAGAGAGACGCUCAGCGUGUGCAGUACGACUUUGUGGCUCGGGCAGCUGGAUAAGAAGACGCAGCAGCAGGACGUCAGCAGUCUGAUGCAGGAGUUCGGGCAGGUCGAGUCCAUAAACAUGAUCCCUCCCAGGGGCUGUGCAUACAUCGGUAUGGUUCACAGACAGGACGCUUACACCGCUCUGAACAAACUUAGUCGAGAAAACGUCAAGAUCAACCACAAGUCCUUCAAGAUCGCAUGGGCGAUGAACAAGGGUAUCGGAGGCCGCUUCAGAAAGUACUGGAACAUGGAGCUGGGUGUGACCUACAUCCCCUGGGAGAAGCUGAAGGAGGCAGAGAUAGUGGCUUUACAGGAGGGAGCCGUGCUCGACCAGGACACACUCAAACCAGAGUGGGCCUCAACGCUUGCUGAGCUUGUUAAACCUGUCGGAGGCGGCGGAGAGGAAGCUGAAAAAGAACUGGAGGGCGGAGCUUCAGUCCCGUCACAGAUGAAUGCUGUAAGCUCCGAGUCUGGCAUCGAGCGCAUAAACCCCCUGCCAGCUGACACCGUGGAGCCGCCUUCAGAAAACUCCAUCAGCAGACCCCGCAUCCAGACCGGACCGUUACUUCAAAAUCCUCCUCCUGUUCCUUCAUUUAUACCUCCGUUUCCCAACAUCCCACAUCCUCCCCCCAGUCUGCCUCUUCAUAACGUCCCCAGGGCUCCCAUGAUCCGGAUCAGGUUGCCCCUGCCAAAUCCGAAGGGUCCCGCCGAAGAUUUCCCACACCCAGGCGUCAUGGAAGCUGAGCACUGGACCGGGAGACCCUUCAGGAACAACGGACCUCCCAGAGGACCGCCCGAGUGGUUCGGACCCGAGCCUCCAUUUAGGCCCAGGGGAUGGGGCAGAGGAGGUCCCUGGGGUCACGGACAAUUCAGAAACUGAUCCUCCAAAAAACAAGCAAAAGUCCUCAAAUAUCAAAGAUUAGCAAAAACUCACUUAAAAAAAAAAAAGGCUAGAAAAUGAAAUUUAAACCCCACCAUUACAAAAUAAAGAUGAAAAAACACAAACCUAAAUUACUAAAAUGUUCACAAAAUAAUUUAUUUUUACAAAUUCUACAUUUAAAAAAAUAUAAUUGCUAAACCUAACAAAAGUAACUAUCAAAAAUGUAA